AUGGACCAGCUGGAGGCCGCAUUGGCGAACCUGCCGAAAGAACAACCGAGACGCAAGGCGAGGAAGGGAACGGACGAGAUGCAGCAGGAUGCCCUGGCCGAGGAGGCUGCGGCCGACGACUCGGGCAUCACGGUCGAGCAGGCGGCGCGGGAGCUCGAGGAGGCAGCCAAGGCCAGCGCCGGGCCCGGCAUGAAGGACGGCCUGACGCCGAGCCAGAUGGAGCACCUGUACCGCGAGGGCUCGAUCCCGCCCACCGUGUCCGACGGCGACGCCCAGCGUGACCUCGAGGUGCUCGCGUCCGGCGGCCUGCUGGCCGACUCGGCGGCCGCCGACGUGCUCGGCACCGACGAGAAGGGCCGGUCCUACAAGUACCCGCUGCCCGCGCCCCUGCCGGAGAACAGCAAGCUGCAAGCCCGGUAUCACCCUGUGCUGGAGCAGCUGACGAACGUCAUGAUGAGGCACGGCAAGAAGAGCGUCGCGCAAAGGAACAUGGCCAUGAUCCUCAACUACCUCCGCACGGCGCCGGCCCCGAUCCUCAGCACCAAGAACCCCCUCAUGGCGGGCCACCCGCCGGCCUCGCACUUCCCCUUCAACCCCGUCAUGUACCUGACCAUCGUCAUUGACAGCGUGGCGCCCCUCGUCAAGGUCCGGUACAUCCCCGGCGCCGCGGGCGGCGGCCGCCCCCUCGAGAUGCCCGGCCCGCUCGCCGUGCGACAGCGCCGCCGCAUGGCGUUCCAGUGGAUCCUCGACGCCGUCGCCAAGAAGAGGUCGACGGGCAGCGGCCGGACGCAGCUCGCGCACCGCAUCGCCAACGAGAUCAUCGCCAUUGCCGAGGGUCGGUCCGGCGUCUGGGAGAAGCGGAUCGCCGUGCACAAGCUCGCCACGGCGACGCGAGCCAACCUGGGGGCGCAAUUGGUCAAGAACAUAGUCGGUAGGAAGUUCUGA